GGGACCGCCGCCCCAUGGGGACAGCGAGGGGAGGGGGAGGCUCUGGAGGCGGCGGGGGGGGCAGCCGCCUGUGUGGGUACCCAGUGCUCUUCUGUCACCACGUUUUCCCUUUUUAAACAGAAAACGGUUAAAUGGCUUUAAAUUUUUACAAGGUUGCAGCAGGGGGCGGUAGAUUUCCUCGUAAUGAAUUCGACAUUUUGGGCUGUCACCGCUCGAUUACUCCGUUGUGAAAAGUUGCCUAGAAAAGAGAAUUAAAAUUGGGUAACUCGAAGUGAGCAAGUCGUUGUUCCAGGUUAUUUAAAAUAAUUUUUAAAGUAUUGUUAUAUUAGAUCGUCAUAGCCCAGGGUCUUGCAAAAAUUCCUCUAGUUUCUAUCGGUAGUAAGCCAUAUAAAGAAAAUGAGAAGCCAGGAACGGUAAUAUAUUUCCGUGUUAUUUGUGCUGGUAGCUUAAAACAACAACAAAAAAAAGGAUUUAUUUUUCUGUACAUCUAACAUAAGUAUAGUAGUUUUCUAAACUUUAAAUUGGAUUAGCCAUUGGUUAUUGUGAUUAUUAGGCUUUAAUGAGUAUGAGAAUUUGCCACUUUUUUCCUGUCAAGAAUGUCUGCCCUCAAUAAUUACAUAGCUAUAGCAGAGGGUGAGAAAUAUAUAAAAAUUCCUAUGGAGCAUGCUCAGUAUGUGAUUUCUUGCAUUCGUUUUAAAGUAGAUCAGUUUUAUUUGUCAGCAUAAUCUCAGACUGUGUGGUGUGGUGCCAGCGAACUGUGAGCUUGGAAGCAAAUGAAGAUAUUUCCCUGAAAGGAGUUCUUGCCCUGGUACUGCUCCUGCUGCGUGUCCCGUGCUGCUGCGGCACAGCUGGAAGGCGAAAACUGCUGGCAGAUAGAGUCUGGAAGGUCUGGAAGCGGUGGAGAAGCUGUGGAGAAGCUGUCCCAGGCGUAGCUGGAAGCAAGAAACAUGCUUCGCAACUUGUGGUACAGAUUUUGAAGGUCACUGACACACUUUGGCAAAGUACUUACUGCCCCGUUCCAGUUAGUGUCAUGUAUAUGAGCACAUUAAAAUGGAUUUUUUUAUUUCUCCUUUUAUUUGCUGUCAUAACGAUGUGGUAUGUAACUUUUUCUUCCAACACUGUGAGCGAGCGUACGAACCUUAUGUAUUUCUAUGAAUAUGAACCGAUUUACAAGCAACGCUACCUCUUCACGCUGCGGGAGCGCUUGAAAUGCAGAGACAUAAAUCCAUUCCUAGUCAUCUUGGUGUCUUCGAGACCUAAGGAUGUGAAGUCAAGGCAGGCCAUCAGGAUAACAUGGGCAUCUCAGAAUUUCUGGUGGGGACAUCGAAUUCUAACCCUUUUCUUACUAGGUCAGGACACUCAAAGCGAAGACAACGCUGCAGCGCUGUCGGUAGAAGAUGAAAGCAUCCUCUACGGUGACAUAAUUCGCCAGGAUUUUAUGGACACUUACGACAAUCUCACCUUGAAAACGAUCAUGGCGUUCAGGUGGGUCGCUGAGUUCUGUUCAAACGCCAGAUUCCUCAUGAAGACUGAUGCCGACAUCUUCAUCAACACCGCUAACUUGGUAAAAUUUCUUCUGAAGCUCAGUUCCUCAGAAAAUGUUUUUACCGGUUAUCCUCUUAUAGAUAACUUUGCCUACAGGGGCUUUUACAAAAAGACGUACAUCUCUUAUGAUGAAUAUCCGUUCAGGUUGUAUCCUCCGUAUUGCAGUGGGAUGGGUUAUAUAUUGGAUGGAAAACUGGCUCUGAGGAUUUAUGAACUGAUGAGUCAUAUCAAACCUAUUAAAUUUGAGGAUGUGUAUGUUGGAAUCUGCUUAAAUAUACUUAAGGUGAACAUCAGUAUUCCAGAAGAUAAACAACAGUUCUUUCUUUACAAAAUUAAUUUUGAUAUCUGUAAGUAUAGACAUUUGAUUGCAGUUCACGGCAUUACAUCAAGUGAAAUAAUUGGGUUUUGGCAGGAUUUGACAUCUAACACUUCAGUUACUUGCCUUUGAUUCUGUAUUAGUAGAUAAGCUUAAAUGUAUUCGGUGUAAAAACAUUUAAAGUCCAGGGCAACACAAACCAAAAACACAGCUGGAGAGAUGACUUCAGCUGAAGGAGGGCUGUGCUGCCGGGGCAACACUGCAACGUCAGCAUUUCUCUGGGACAUUCUGAUGUUCUUACAUAAAAAUAUUAGGUGUUCACAAAGCACUUUGCCACGCGUGUAUCCCACGCAUGCAGGAUACUUUGGAAUACCCUGUCCUGUCUUCCUCUGAUGCUUCUCCACGUGGUCUGCUGUAACCACGGGAUUUCUACCUGAAUCUUCUGGAAUGUGUGAAAUGUCACCGAGGAAUAAUGUUUAUGCCAAGAAACCAGCUUCGAAGCUGCUUCCCAAAUUCCUAACUGGGUUUUUUAAAAAUCGUUUUUGCAACUGCAUCAUCCUUUGCCACCCUCAGGUAUUUGUUCUCCGCCCAACGACCUUCUUUCGAUAUAUCACCUCCGUAAUCCCUCUGAGAGUGUUACACCUGCUUAUUUAAGCAUCUCACCUCCGUAAUCCUUCUGAGAGUGUCACAAGCCCGAGGAUCUUGUGGGGUCUGCGGAAGCUGAUGGGAAGUUCUGAAAACGCGAUGCACUUUGUGUGUGUCUAUCUAGGUAUAUCUAUAUACGAACAAAAUAGAACCGCUUUGGUGUCUUUGAUAACAUUCACAGGUUAUGGAGGGCUAGAUGCAGUAGAGUUCGUCUGCAGUGUAGUUACUAGACAUCUCUAACACAUCGGAAUAAUCAGACCCCCCACGUGCACACACAUCCGUCUGCGUCCUGAUGCAUCCCGGGAGUUUUGGAACCAAGCAGGGAAGAUUAAACCAGAUGCGUUUAUAUUGGGACUUUAUGUCUGUUUCUAAAAUAGUUUUUUUUUCCUUCAAAUUUUAAAAUGAAAAAAGUGAGAAAUUCUAAGACUCUUAUUUCUUAAAGAAGACAAACUACGCUAUAUCUGUAAAGAUGGGUAUUUUAAUCACUUUAUUCAUAUCAGCAAGGCCA